AUGAAGCCUUGCCACUUUGAUAAGCAUGGCCGUCUUCGGAUAUUGGCUAUCGAUGACGACUCUGUCAACCUGAUGGUGAUUGAGUCUGUGCUGAAGUCCACGGGUUGGAGCAUCGUCCCGGCAAUAGACGGCUCAGAAGCCUACUCUGCUGUUGAUGAUGAGGAUACCUGGCCGGACCUCGUGCUACUGGACUAUAAUCUUGAAGUUGGAGAUAGCGGGGAGGCAGUCCUUGCAAAAUUGCGCAGCAGGUUUGGCACGGCUAACGUGCCGAUCGUGAUGUGCACCGCCAUGUCAGCCAACUCGGUGGAGCUGGAGCACUGUUUGUCAGCUGGCGCAGUCGACGUACUUUUUAAGCCAUAUGAACGUGAUCGCGUUAUGGAAAUGGUCAAGAAGCACUGCCCUGGCAAAAUGGCACCCCCGCCGGCACCAGCUCCCCCCCCUCCCCCGGCCACCGCAUCUCCACCUGCCACUGUCCCGGCGCCAGCUCCAGCACCCGCUCCCGCGGCCCCGCCCCCGCCGCCUCCACCGCCAACUGAACCUGACGUGGAAUCCUUCUGCGCUGGCCUUGACUUGCAAUAUGUGGGAAAGAAACUAAAAGAGCAGGGCGUCUCGUUGAAGGACCUGGCAGGACUUGACGACACGGGGCUGCGCAAGCUGGGCGUGGUCGUCAAAUCGCAGCGCGAUAAGAUUCUUGAGGCAGCAAAGACGCUAUGA